GCGGCGGUGCUCUGUUUGCCAUGCGCGUAUCAAGUUUUAUAUUUAGACAUCUGCUCCAGAUGAUUCAAUAGAGACUGUAGCUACAUGCAGCAACAACCGCGAGACGUUCCUCGCGCACUAAACUCUUAUGAAAUGUACUUACGCCUGAACGGAAGGACAGGCGUUUGAGGAAAUGAUCGGAUCAGUGUGCAGAGAGGGCAGGAGAGAUGACUUCCUCAAAUAGGAUGGUAAUGCCCGUCUUUGGAGACAUUGAAUGCGCGGUGCGCGUUAAGUUUGUCUGACUUUCUGCACUUUCCGCGUUAAUUCACAAGAGCUGCAUUUUGUAUAAUUGCACAACCGCUGGCGCAAACGAGAUAAAACUGGACCGGAUUGUAAUAUGUAGUGAUGCGCGCUGCUUUAAUGAAUCGCAAGACGCUGGACGUCACAGCCACGCGCCUUUCCGUGCCACAGGUGCGCACUAAACUUUGGUUAUUCAUUAUUGAUUAACGGCGCAAAGAAAAGGAGGAACGCGCAGAGGGACAAAACAAUUACUCGCAGUAUGGAGAUCAUGUCCAAUCAACCCACAUCAGAGACUGGUGGCGACCACACCGCAGCGGUUUCCAUGUCUGCAGGCGUGGAGAGGACUGAUGUGACCAGCCCGAGUCCGGUGACCAAACAGAGGUCCCUGCGAGCGGUUUAUGUGCUGAAUGAUGGACUGAAGGCAGUGGCUGCGAACAGCCCGGAAUCCGGGGCGCUCCAGUGUCUCCAGCGCGCCUGCGACGCGGAGAGUGCCAUAUUAACUACAGUGACUUUUGGACGAUUAGACUUUGGGGAGACAACAGUGCUUGAUACCUUUUAUGACGCAGACAUUGCAGUUGUGGAUAUGAGCGAUGUGUUCAGACAGCCAUCCCUGUUUUAUCACCUCGGUGUGCGUGAGAGCUUUGACAUGGCCAACAAUGUCAUCCUCUACCACGACACGGACCCUGACACGGCACAAUCCCUUAAGGACAUGGUGGCACAGAAAAACACAGCUGCAAGGCCAGUUAAAAUAGGCUUCCCAUGGGUCCAGUUGCCUCCUGAGUACAGGGGCUCCAACCUAAGAAACAAAGCCUCCAGUGGGAACUACUAUUUCAUCCCUUAUUUGAUGACGCCCAACAACGAGUACUUAUGCUGUGAGAACGUGGCCCAGCGUAGAGCAUCGGAGUACAUGCAACCCAACUGGGACAACCUUCUUGGACCUCUGUGCGUCCCGUUGGUGGACCGCUUUGUCAACUUACUCAAAGACAUUCACGUCACAUCUUGUGCUUCUUACAAAGACACGCUACUGAACGACAUCCGAAAAGCUCGAGAUAAAUACCAGGGUGAGGAGCUGGCCAAGGAGCUUACCCGGAUCAAACUCCGCAUCGACAACACUGAGGUUUUGACUCAGGACAUUGUAAUGAACCUGCUUUUCUCCUACAGAGAUAUACAGGACUAUGAUGCCAUGGUUAAAUUGGUACAGACCAUUGAGAUGUUGCCCACCUGUGACUUGGCCAUCCAGCCCAUGAUUCAGUUCCACUAUGCUUUUGCGCUCAAUAGACGAAACAGCCCUGGAGAUCGAGAGCAGGCUUUGCGUGUGAUGUUGCAGGUUCUUCAGUCAUGUGAGCACCCUGCACCUGAUAUGUUCUGCUUGUGUGGGCGCAUCUAUAAGGAUAUCUUCCUCGACUCUGACUGCAAGGACACCAAGAACAGAGAGAACGCCAUCCAGUGGUAUAGAAAAGGCUUUGAGCUGCAGCCCACUCUGUAUUCAGGCAUUAAUCUGGCAGUGCUGCUUAUAGUGUCCGGACAGCAGUUUGAGACUUCCAUAGAGCUCAGGAAGAUCGGUGUGAGAUUGAACAGUCUGCUGGGCCGUAAAGGCAGUCUGGAGAAGAUGAAUAACUACUGGGAUGUGGGGCAGUUCUUUACUGUCGGCAUGCUUGCCAAUGACAUCCCCAAAGCUGUCCAGGCCGCAGAGAAACUCUUUAAACUCAAACCACCCAUAUGGUACCUGCGAUCAGUCGUCCAAAACCUUCAGUUGAUUCAGCAUUUUAAGAAGCAGAACACUGAGCAUUCUCCUCAAAGAGAGAGACUCAACUUCUGGAUGGACAUUAUCGUGGAGGCCACACAGGGAACCACAAAUGGCCUCCGUUUUCCGGUGUUGAUUCUGGAGCCGACUAAAGUGUACCAGCCCUCGUAUGUGUCCAUUAACAGUGAAGCUGAUGAGAAGAAUGUUUCAAUAUGGCACGUGUCCCCUUCUGAGACGAAGGGAAUACAUGAGUGGAACUUCACAGCGUCCUCCAUCAAAGGCAUUAGCAUCUCAAAAUUUGAUGAGCGCUGCUGCUUUUUGUAUGUCCACGAUAACUCGGACGACUUCCAGAUCUACUUCUCCACAGAGGAACAGUGUGGCAGGUUCUGCUCCAUGGUGAAGGAGUUGAUCACAGACGGAUCAGGAAAUGCUGUCGAGCUAGAGGGGGAGGGAGACGGGGACACCCUGGAGUACGAGUACGACUACAAUGAAAAUGGCGACAGGGUGGUUCUAGGUAGGGGAACGUAUGGAGUGGUCUACGCAGGGAGAGACCUCAGUAACCAGGUGCGCAUUGCCAUCAAAGAGAUCCCAGAGAGAGACAGCAGGUAUUCCCAACCACUGCAUGAGGAAAUAGCCCUCCACAAGUACCUGAAACACAGGAACAUUGUUCAGUACCUGGGCUCUGUGUCAGAGGAUGGCUAUAUCAAGAUCUUCAUGGAACAGGUCCCUGGAGGAAGUCUGUCAGCGUUGUUACGUUCAAAGUGGGGUCCUCUUAAAGAAGCCACCAUAAUCUUCUACACUCGGCAGAUCUUGGAAGGACUUCGUUAUUUGCAUGAGAACCAAAUCGUUCAUCGGGACAUCAAGGGAGACAAUGUCUUAGUCAACACCUACAGUGGCGUGUUGAAAAUCUCAGACUUCGGCACGUCCAAGAGGCUGGCUGGAGUCAAUCCCUGCACAGAAACGUUUACUGGCACGUUGCAGUACAUGGCCCCCGAGAUCAUCGAUAAAGGCCCUAGAGGUUACGGGGCACCUGCUGAUAUCUGGUCCCUGGGCUGCACCAUCAUAGAGAUGGCGACAGGCAAACCACCUUUCCAUGAGCUGGGAGAGCCACAGGCUGCCAUGUUCAAGGUGGGCAUGUUUAAGAUCCAUCCUGAGAUCCCAGAGUCUCUUUCGUCAGAGGCCAAAUCCUUCAUCCUUUCCUGCUUUGAGCCGGACCCAAAUAAACGAGCGACGGCCGGGGACCUGCUCAAGGAUCUGUUCCUGCGUCAAAACAUCAAAGGCAAAAAGAGCAAGAUCGCUUUCAAACCCUCAGACUACAUCCGCAGCGUUUCGUUACCAGUACAGCUACAGACGGAGGCCACGGGGAGCAGCAGCAGUGAACCGGGCUCCGUGUCUCCAGACUGCGACUCCAAGCAAGACGUGUUUUUCGAGAAGAAAAAACGCUCUAGCUCCGAAAACCUCAUCAAACCGCCCAACUCAAACUACCUCAGUGUUCCAGAUGAGAGUCCUACAGCAGAAGACCGCAGCUCUCCAGCUUCCUCUGAGAACAGCGACUCCGGCCUCUUCCUGCUGAAGAAAGACAGUGAGAGACGCGCCAUACUCUACAAGGUCCUCAAUGAGGACCAAGAUAAAGUGACCUCCAACCUCAUGGAGAACCACAUUCAGGGUCAGGAGGAGCUGAAGUUGUCGGUGGACCACAUCAAACAGAUCAUCUGCAUUUUACGGGACUUUAUACGUUGCCCCGAGCGACGCGUCAUGGCGACCACUAUAUCAAAACUCAAAUUGGACCUGGACUUCGACAGCACGUCAAUCAACCAGAUCCAGCUUGUUCUGUUUGGUUUCCAGGAUUCUGUGAAUAAAGUGUUAAGGAACCACCACAUUAAACCACACUGGAUGUUUGCCAUGGACAACAUCAUCAGACGGGCUGUGCAGGCAGCUGUUACGAUUUUAAUUCCAGAGCUGCAGACACAUUUCGGGCCUGCAUCGGAAAGUGAGGGCGCAGAUAAGGACGCAGAUGAAGUAGAUGAAGAGGAUGAUGGGGAUUUUGGAUCAGUGGCACGUACGACGCAGGAAGAUCAGGCCCUCACAUCUGGAGUCAGCACCCUGAGUUCAGUCAUAUCCCAUGAGGCUCAGCGGCCACAGCACCCGCUGGGAGCCCAGCUCGGACGCCUCAAACAGGAGACUAGCAGGCUGCUUGAAGAACUGGUACAGAAAGAGAGGGAGUAUCAGCAGGUACUGAGACAAACUCUCCAACAGCGGGUACACGACAUCGAGCUUAUCAGGAUCAGACAGCAGUCUGCUGCAGAGAUGCCCUCCACCCCCUCUAUAUUUCACGUUGCUGCACAGCCGGAGCCUGACAAAAACCUCACUGACUGGCUGAAAGAGCAGGGUGCCGACCCCGAGACAAUUGAUAAGUUUGUUGUAGAAGAUUAUACACUCAACGACAUUCUCAGCGAUGUGACAAAAGAAGACCUUCGCUGCCUCAGGCUUAGGGGUGGAGUGCUGUGUCGUGUCUGGAAAGCCAUUCAGAGACACCGAAAUAAAGGGCUUAGAAAGGUCAAUAAUGACGAGGGAAAUUCAGAAGGAUGAAAGCAACAGGAAGUUGCUGAUAAUGAACACCUGAGCCAGCACAAUGCAUCCUCACACACAUCCCUAUAAUGAGAGACUUGUAAUUAUGUCAUGCUUUCUCCUGGUUGGACAUGUUUACUUCCCCUUCAGCUAUGACCUAAUGUAUUUGUGGUAUUUUUAUGUUUUAAGCCUCUCCAAGAUUUACAUCUCAUUUCCAUUGAAUUUCAAUAGGAAAACCCAUACGGAUGAAAUCGGCUUAAUCUAGGAAAGAUCGUACUUUCCGCUUUUUACAGAGAGGUGUUGCCUGUAAAGGAAUUUGACUUUGGACUGGGCCUAGAAUGGAAGAGGAGAGAGUGAUACCUACUUAAUGUAGGACUUCAGAUCAUGCCAUUUUAAAUGAUAGAAAGUCUAUAUAGGUUACUGUUUGUUUAGCAUUACAAGUCUGGAAAAUGUGUUGAGUUCAUUCUAAAAUAUUAUGUGACAUACUUUUUGGAGGGACUGUAUGGACAAAAUGACCACAGACCUCUCGGACCAGGGCUAAGGAGCCUCUUUUAGAUGUGCUAGAAUAAGUUUGGAUGUAAUUACCCCAGUACGUAGAUAAAUACUUAAAUAAACGUAAAAUCAUCAUCAUAACAUUCAGUUGCAACUUUAAGAACUAUGAUACAUACCUGUACUUUAACCGUCGCACAACUUUCAUUUUUUAUAAAAAUGUGUGCAAGACCAGUCUUGCAGAAAACAUAACCUUUGGCUUACUUAAACUGCAAUUUACGUUCCACAAACAUGUAUCCAAUUUCUUAAGAAUGAUGAGACCUGUUAUGUCAGUAGUUGCUC